AUGCAGAGACUGAACUUUGAUCUUUCAAGAUUGCCUUUAUGGGUUCACUUGUAUAACGUUCCCUUAGAACUAUAUUCAAGAGAAGUCCUUAGUUAUAUAGCCAUCGCUCUUGGAGUUCCAUUAACAAUGGACUCAAUUACUGCUUCAAAAACUAGGCUAGAAUAUGCUAAGGUUUGUAUCGAAAUAAGAGCUAAAGAAGACUUACCUGAAACUGUUGAUGUUAUCCUUGCUAAUGGUCAAACUUCCACAAUAUGUGUAGAAGUUCCUUGGUUCCCUUAUCGAUGCAAGAAAUGUAGUUCAUUCGGACAUUCUGACAAAGAAUGUCUAAACAAAACAAAUUCUGCUCCUUCACAACUUAAAAUAUGGAGAAAAAAGACACCUCUCAAUGAUAAUGCAGAUCUAAAAACAGGAAUAUUAGAACCCUUGAAGCACUCUCUGCCUGAAUCUUCUCCUUCAAAGGAAAAUGCUAUUUCUAAUGAAAAUGAUCCCAUAACAGAACCAGAAUCAUCUACUACUCAAAAGGAUCAACAUGUUAAUGUCAAAUCCUCAAAAUCUCAUCUUAAUAUUUCAAAUGAGGCAAGCAAUUCCUUAUCCCAAUCCAUUCCUCACGGUGAAGAUUUAGUUAAUGAUAACACAACACAUGCUCAUGAAUCUGCUCCCAUUCCUAAUGAAACUCCUACUAAUCCUAAAAGAGGUAGAGGUAGGCCUCUAAAGAUUAAAGCUAAAUAUGCUUUAAGAGGCUCAUCAAAUAGAUUCGAAAUUCUCACAACAGUUGAAGAAAAUUCUUCACUAAACGAGCUGCCAGUAAAGAAAACAAGACCAGCUGCCGCUGGAGUUGCUAAACUAAUCAAUGACCUAAAGUAA